AUGAAUAUUACAGAGACGAGGCGCGUGUACAGCAUGUGGGUUUUGGAUGGAAAAGCUACCGAUCGAUCAUGGCUCGGUGAAGAGGUGAACGACUUUUGCGCUCAGUACACGAUAUACCACGUGACUAAGGAACGCGAACAGAUGGCCGAAGAACAUACAGGCGGAACAUCGCCAAAUAGGGGGAGACGUCAGUCUGGGAGUGGUCUGAAUGAUACGAAACUGUGCCGCGGGGGAAUGGACCUGAAAAGCGCCCUGCAAGUAUGUCCCGAGCCCAAAAUGAAAUGCGACGAAACCCUCAUGUGUUUCGAGAUUGCCAGAUGCGACGACUUUUGGAGACGCCGGCGUUCGUCGCCAUUUUGGCUCUCAAACAGCGGCUGCUGGAAUUAUCACGACACUAGAAAUAUUGUCGAAUGUUGCAAAUACGUUUGUGAUAAUACUGAAGAACCAACCACAGGAACGGUGGAAAACAUAGGCUCAGAAGUUUUGUAGAGGCAUCUUUAAAUAUUUGGCCAAUUUAGCUUUCUAGAGAUACAGAACAAAACAAGCGAUGCUAUUAUUUCAAAUAUCUGGCCUCAAUUGAU